CCCUGUCCGCCACCAACAUAUUCAUCGACCAUCUCGGAGAUAUUGAGCUCUCCUCCAUCUCCAUCGCCCAGUCCGUUAUUGGCACUUUCUCUUUCAGAUUUAUGCUUGGCAUGGGGAGUGCAUUAGAGACGCUAUGUGGGCAGUCAUUUGCCGCGGGUCAAGUCCACAUGCUUGGGAUUUAUAUGCAACGCUCAGUGAUCAUCCUCUUUAUCACUUGCAUUGUCCUUCUGCCCAUAUACCUGUUUGCAACUCCAGUUCUCAGGUUGCUGGGACAAGAAGAUGAAAUUGCUGUUCUUGCUAGGGACUACGCUGUCCUUAUCAUCCCUCAACUGUUCUCCCUAUCAAUUACUUUCCCCACCCAAAAAUUCCUUCAGGCCCAGAGUAAGGUCAACGUGCUCGCCUGGAUUGGGUUUCUGGGCUUGGUAUCUAACGUGUUUCUGCUUUGGGUAUUCAUCCCUUUGCUGGGCUGGGGCACGACAGGAGCAGCUUUAGCAUUUGAUCUUUCCAAUUGGGCCAUUGCGAUUUCCCAGCUGGUUUAUGUUGUAGGGUGGUACAGCAAAGAUAUGCAGCAAGCUGUGGCUCACCUUGCUGGCAUCCUUGGAAUCACCAUGAUUCGCAACAGUGUCUAGCCUGUCAUUUCAGGUGUUGCAGUGUGAGGAGGAUGGCAAGCUCUUGUUGCUUAUAUAAACUUGGGUUCCCAUUACAUAUUUGGGCUCCCAUUGGGUUUCGUUCUCGGUUAUGUCGCUAAAUUUGGAGUCGUUGGACUUUGGGGAGGAAUGAUAGCAGGGACUGGCUUGCAGACUAUACUCCUCUUGAUUGUUCUUUACAAAACCAAUUGGACUAGUGAGGUUGAGCAGACAACAGAACGCAUGAAGAAGUGGGGUGGGCAAGACUUUGAAGUUAGUAGCCGUUGUUACGUUUUAGCGUUAGAAAUGUCAAACAAAGGAAUAGUGUCAAA